CUCCUUCAUCCUUCCUUCAUCCCUCCUUUAUCCUUACUACAUAUCUUUUCAUCACUCCUUUAUCUCUUCUUAGCUCUCCUCCUUUAUCCCUCCUUAAUUCCUCCUUCAUUCCUCCUUUAUAUCUCUUUCAUCCGUUUUUCAUCCCUCCUUUAUCCCUCCUUCUUUCAACCCUCCUUCAUCCCUUCUUUUAUCUUUACUUCAUCCCUCUUUCAUCCCUUCUUCAUCCUUUCUUAAUUUUCCUAUGACCUAAUUAUCAUUCAUAUUUUUGCAAUUUUAUGAGUACUUAAAAAAAAUGGUACUGUUAACCUUUAAAGAAGAAAGCACAAAGAAAAUGACAGACAGAAGAGGGUAGAGAGACUAGAGCACAAAUGAAAAUGAAUGAAUGAAAGUUGAAAACAAAAUGGAAGCUGGAGCUUUAGUUCGUGUUCUCAAGGAUUUUUUAACAACAAAUGAUGGAGAGCUGUGUGUCACUAAAGGGGAAUAUCUCCAGGUUACACAUGUCCUGGAUAAGUUUUGGGUGGAGUGCAAUAUAGAUCUCAGAUCGGGAUAUGUGCCGGCUGCUAAUAUUGCUCCUGUAAAUUUGCCCAGACUGGAGAAUGGAGAAGGUAUUUGUAUCUCUAGAUAUCUGUAUUAUAACUGUUUAGACUGUAAAAUGGAGAAGGUAUUUGUAUCUCUAGAUAUCUCUAUUAUAAUUGUUUAG